AUGAGCGCUGUCGACGUGCCGUCGAACGACAUUCGCUUCCAGAUGGAGCUCGAGUUCAUCCAGUGCUUGGCCAGUCCAGCUUACCUUAACUUCCUGGCGAUCAAUCGGUACUUUGAGAACGACGCGUUUAUGAACUAUCUGCAGUACCUCAGGUACUGGAAAGAGCCGCAGUACGCCAAGUACAUUGUCUACCCGCACUGUCUCGCGUUCCUCGACAUGCUGAAGGACGAGCGAUUUCGGAAGAUGAUUGCGCGCGAGGAUUUUAUGACGCUCGUGCACGGACAGCAGUUUUACCACUGGCAGACGUUCCUGAACAACCGUUUGAAAGGCGACCCGAAAGAAGCGAUUGCAACAACAACGACCGUGGCUGCAGAUGAGACGAGCUAG